GAUAUUUACAACUUUGAUAAGACAGGUCUUUACUAUUGUAUGCUACCUGAUUGUUCACUUGCUACAAAGCAGCUCUCUGGAGGCAAGGGAGAUAAAACUCAUAUCUCUCUUAGCUUUAUUACUAAUACUAAUGGAUCUGAUAUAAGAGGUCUAUUGUUUAUUAGGCAUGCUUGA